AUGGAGCACGUCUUCUUUUAUUUCUACUGUCUCAUCAACGUCAUUCUGCAAUUACACGACGUCAAAGGUUGCAACGUGACCCUGUGGCCGCGGGUGCGUUUCCAGCAUCGCUUCGAGGCCGGCCCUUGCUUCUUCCGCUUGCCCAACCGGCCUCCUGCUGGCGGCGGUGGCGACCAGCAGCAGCACUGGUGGAUCGAAAUCGCCUUCAGCUCCUUCCAAAUGGGCCGCUCUGUUCUCAAUCAAAGUUGCCCCACCGGCCACUUGAAAUUUGUCGAAGAAAUGGACGAUCAGGAAAGUUCUUCCGGAACUUUUUGCGGGCGGCUGAGCGGAGAUUCGCAAACUUAUCUGACCCGGGCCAAGAGUUUGACCCUUUACGCCCAUCCUGUUUCGGAGCCGGACCACUUUAACGCCUAUUUCGACGUCCUGUCGGCGGAAGCGCUGCGGAAGCGAUACCCGGAGAUGCUGAGAGCCAACAGCCUGACGCCGGAUUCCGACGGAGGCGGAGGCGGCCACCAGUGCGACGUUCUAAUCCGCAACUGCCCGAACGUUUGCCGAUUGUCGUCGCCGCUCUAUCCGGUCAGCGCCUAUCCGCGCAACGUCACCUGCCGCUACCGGGUCCUCUUCGACCGUGACGACUGGCAGGUCGUCCUGGGCGGUCAGCCGGGCGAUCGCUACGACCUGGGACUCCAUCAUCCGCACCAGCAGCAGCACUGCAGCCAACACGCCGAUCGAUUGAUCAUUCACGAGAAAUUAGCCGGACAACAGCAGUACCAACAGGUGGCCAAAUUUUGCGGGCGCGGAAAUUUUCCAAAGAUCAUUGCUCAGAGUGGUCAAGUCAUGGUGGAACUGAUCACUUCGCCGUCGGGGUUCUUCCAUCAGGGAUUCCGGUUGAGUGUGAGCCACCAGCGGCGGAAGCGGUCGGAUCAUCACAGCAUCAUCUCUCCGUGUUACCAUUCCAUCACGGCCGUGGGCGGAGGCGGCGGACAGUUUUAUCAGCAGGGAUCCGUCGUGUCACCGCGUCACUGGUUCCCUCGCAACGUCGACUGCACCUGGACGCUCACGUCCACCCGCAUUUGGCUGGAAAUCCAUUCGAAAAGCAAUAACAAGUUGUCCAGCAGCUGGACGACGACCAGUCACAACAACGCUACUUGCUUCCAUCGCUUGCAACUGCACCGGACGUCGUCCGAUCCGGCGGAGCAGAUGACCAUCUGCGAGUCCAACUCGUCGUCGGCUGGCCAGCAGCAGCUGCAGACGGCCACUCCGACGCUCCUGGUCCGCGAUCGCGUCCAGUUGAGGUUCACCAGUCUGCGAGGAUCCAUGACUGGAUCGGAGAUGGAUUUCAGUCUGUUCUACAUGCUCCUGCCGGAAGAAGUUGCGGCGGUGGCCGAGACUUUGUGCGACAGGAUCCUGGAGGAUUCCAACGGGACGAUCGACUUGAUCGGCGAUCGGCUCCUUCUGAUGCGCCACAAGCAGCUCAAGUGUCGCUACCGGUUCCAGGCUCCUGACGGCGGUGACGAUUACCGCAUCCGCAUCGUCAUCCGGCAGAUGGUGUUCGACCCGAUCCGCCAGUGUGAGCCCGGAAGAGACGACGACGAGUGUUCCAGGAUGGAUUCCGAUCGCCAGGACUUUGACUGGCUCCUGGUGUCCGAUCGCGACCUGCUCCACUGUUUCUGCCAGUCCAGCAGCCACCAGGAGCCGAUCGUGGUGGAGAGUGCUUCGAAUCGGCUGGACGUCCAGCUGGAUUUGAAACACAUCUACGACCAGUCGUACAAGGAUCCCAACAUUUACCGCUUCCAGAUCGAUUACAGCUGGAUCGAGGACAGCGGAUGCGGUAACCCGAUCGAGGACGAUCAGGGCGGAAUGAUCCGCUGGACGGCCGAUCCCAGCAGCGCCAGCAGCACUCAUCUCCUUCCCUGGCGGAGUAAUCAAUCUUGCACCUGGCUGAUUGAGGUGCCGGACAACGAUCGGAUCCUCCUGAAAAUCAAUACCGACCAACUGGGAGAUUCGGCGGAUAAUUGUCACGUGUCGCUGGGCUACCACGGCCGUCAAAACGACAGCCGACACCAACAUGGCCAGCAGCAGCGACGACGUCUCCGCCAGGUGGUGGCCAUGGACAACAGGACGGGCCAAUUUUGUUCCAUGAACGCCGAGUUCAUUAGUCCAUUCGGCCUGCGCUACCUGCACGUCCAACUGGAAACGGCCAAUAAUCCCAGGGCUCGUUUCCUGCUCAAGUGGAACGUCCUCUUCAGCAGUAGUGCUCCUGAAUCAUCUUCAGCCGUCGAUGAGGGACAAAUAGGAGCAGCAGCCGGAGCAGGUGCCAACGGCAGCAGCAGCAGCAGCAUCUUGUCAUUAUUCCCGUGUCCGGAUAGUAACUGGUCGAUCCCUGAGAGCCUGGUCUGCGACGGCCGGAUCAACUGCCCCCAGCAGAGCCUCUUUGGCUCCUUGCUGGACGAGGAGUCGUGCACUAGCAGGAACAGCAGCUACUACCAGGAUUAUUACUACCCGUGGGUCAUGGUGUUGGUGGUGAGUUUCGGGUUCAGCGUCAUGAUUUCACUGGCCAGCGUCUCCUCUCACGUCCGCAAGUGGAGGGAAGUCAAGACGUCCAUCACCUCCUCCUCCUCAGCUGUUGAAUGA